AUGGAUGGUGAGGGGAAAAACUAUGUUUCUGCAGAAGUAUCUGAUAUGCUGGGAUCAGUUUCUUUUCUGAGUGUAGCAUAUCAACCUUUGAAAGUCUUCUUGAGAGUGAGGCCCUUUUCUAUAGCAGAACUUGAAAACCAUGACUCUCAGGGCUGUGUAACUAUCGAAGAUCCCCAGACCGUAGUUCUUAAUGCACCCAAAGAGUCUUCUGCCAUGAAAAACAGUGAAAGAGGGAUUGGUCAUUCUGUGCACAGGUUCACCUUUUCUCAGGUCUUUGGACCAGAAACUACUCAGAAUGAAUUUUUUGAAGGCUCAAUGAAAGAGAUAGUAAGAGCGUACGUUAAUGGAGUGAACGGGCUGGUGUUUACUUAUGGGGUUACAAAUGCAGGCAAGACAUUCACUAUCCAAGGGACUUCAAAAGAUUUUGGUAUUUUACCUCGCUCACUUGAUGUGAUUUUUAGCCACAUAAGGGGAAGACAUUACCUGAAGAUGAAGUUCAAACCAUAUUUGAGCAAUGAUGUUAAGAAACUAGAAGAUGCACAAGUUAAGCAAGAAGAAGCCAUAAAAACUGCUAUUCUUGCAUCACUGAAAGAGGAGACAGAAAGCAUCUCAGAUACUGUGACAAAUAUGUGCGAUGUGACGUCAGAUUCUUCCAACUGUACUUCAAAAAGUCUUCCUUCUGAUUCACUAGCAGAGAAGAAUUUUGUUCCACUUGACAUAUAUAGGACUAAUAUACACCAAAGAACGCAAGCAUCUGUGUGGAUUUCCUUUUGUGAAAUUUAUAAUGAAUAUGUGUAUGACCUAUUAAAUGUCUUAUCUACAUCAAAAACUCAGAAGCGCAGAGUCUUAAGAAUUUGUGAGGAUCAAGGAGGAAAUUCAUAUAUUAAAGACUUAAAGUGGAUUAACAUUCAGAGCACUGAAGAAGCCUGCAAAAUACUAAAAAUAGGAAACAAGAACCGAAGCUUUGCUUGUACUAGAAUGAAUGAGCAAUCAAGUAGGAGUCACAGUAUAUUUUCAAUCAGGCUACUAAAGCUAACUGAUGAGCAUCAGCCACGUGUUCUUGGAGUUUCAGAGUUGUCUUUCUGUGACUUGGCUGGAUCAGAGAGGUGUAAUAAAACACAAGCCUUUGGAGAUAGACUAAAAGAAGCAGGGAAUAUUAAUAAUUCUCUUCAUAUCCUUGGAAAAUGCAUUGCAGCAUUGAAGCAAAAUCAAAAUCCAAAGAUGAAGCCAAGCUAUAUUCCAUUCAGAGAGAGCAAAUUGACUCGUCUGUUUCAGCCAUUCUUUUGUGGAAAAGGCAAAGCUUGUAUGAUUGUAAAUAUUAAUCAGCAUGCUUCCACCUAUGAUGAAACACUACAUGUAAUGAAAUUUUCAGCUUUAGCCAAGCAGGUAAUCCAGACAAUCCUACCCAGAAGUUUUGGCUGUUUUCCACCCAAGCUAGUUGGAGGCAAACCUAUCAUGCACUUCGAUGCGAACACAUCUGUAGAUGACUUUCCUGACAGUACUGAAACCUCUGCAGAAGAGGAAGUGGACAUCACCAUUCUGAGUCAUGAGGAUCUCUUGAAAACUACAGAGAACCUAAAGGAGAAGCUAGUUGCAGAAAGGCAAAGCAAACUCCUCCUGGAGGUGAAGAUACGUAGAGAGAUGGCAGAAGCAAUGUUCCGACAGCUGCUGGAAACAGAGGAAGCCUGGAGCAACCGCUUGGAAGAUCUGAAAGACAGUUAUGAAGAAAAACUGGAGAGCAAAUUUGAAAUGUAUAAGGAGGCCAUCAAGAAACAUGCGUAUGUGUGCGCAAUGGAACAAAUUGAAGACCAUUAUGUUCCCAUAGAAGAAUUUCUAGCUGAACAAGAGAAAGUUGAGGAGAGAGAGAGUAAAAUACUGCAAUUGGAAAGGCAACUUGAUGAACAGUCAGGGAGGCUGUUGGCUCUGGGAAAUCCAAAUUCAGAUACACCGACUGCUGAAAAUAACAUGGAACUAGAUCUUAUGAACAAGACGAAGAGAGCCAAUGAAGGACUGCAGAAACAAUGCAAAGAGAAAGAAGAGCUUAUAAAAUCCCUGAAGUUUAAAAUACAGAAGUUAAAUGAAACCCUGCUAGAAGCUACUGAAGGCUACAGAAAAAUGGCGGAAGAGAACAGUCAGCUGAAGCGUACAAUCGUGCUCAAGGAUCAAGAAAUGAAUAGUCUUCAGAAUUGGGCUAAACGUGUUCUUGAGCUUGAAGAAACAGUGUCUUCCCUGCAAAAAGAACUCGACGAACAGAAAAAGCAUUCCUCUACAGAGGAACCGAAACGACAAAAACCCAGGAGAGGUUUGUUGGCUAACCUGAAAUCCACAGUAACAGCCACUGCUGGUUCACCUCUCGGUAAAGGCUGGGGGAAGUAUGAAGAUGCUUCCUCCUCUUCAAGAAAACAUGUACUGUUGGCUCAUGAAGCAAAAGAAUAA